AUGAACCUCUCCACACGUUGGACAUCAAUCGUGCAAAGACACCCAACUCCUCUUAUUGAAAUCACCGGCAUGCUAGGAACGCAAUUGGUAACUUUCUGGCUCCCAGCCGGGCUAUUCACAGUUUGUGACCUGCUUGCUUGGCCCUCCCUCCAACAAUACAAGAUUCAGCCAGCGAGCAAGCAGCCUAGCCGAGUGAGAACUAUCCGCGAUGCCUUCCUCGGGUCCUUUCUAAACCAAAUACUGAGCACAAUCCUUCAAGUCCUACAGCUGAUUUUGGUCCACGUCGUGCUCGAGCGACCAGAUCUCGGGUACCGGGUCGCGCCGACCCUGCCAACCCUGCCCGAGUUCAUCACUGAGUUUGCCCUGUGCAUGCUGGCCCGAGAGAUUAUCUACUACUACUCUCAUCGGCUCCUGCACCAUCCGCUCUUCUACGCGCGUUUCCACCGGCAGCACCACCAAUUCCGCACCCCUGUGGCUCUGGCAACGCUAUACGCCCAUCCUGUUGAGCACAUUCUGACCAACAUCCUGCCGAUUGCGUGGCCUGCGCGGGUCUUGGAUGUCCAUGUCGUCACCCUGUGGGGGUUUGUGGCCGCCGUGGGUAUUCAGGCUGCCCUGGCACACAGUGGCUACCGGCUGUGGGAGACCCCUGGCGGGUGGAAGCCUGAGGUCCAUGAUUUGCACCAUGAAUUGAUGACCGUCAAUUACGGCUUAAUCGGACUCGUUGAUCGGAUCCAUGGGACUCGGGCUACGGAGAAGCCAAAGCGCGGCUGA